GCUUAAACAAAUGCGACGUCAGCCCUGGGAGAAAAAGCGGCUUGCCCUUGAUUGGUUAGCUUCACGCCACUUUCUGUGGGGAUGCUAGGCACUGUCAAGCUUUAUGUAGAUACACCCCACCAAGAUUUUCAUCAUUUUCAGAAGGAGCAACUGGCAAUGGUAUGAGAAUCUAACGAUAUGGAUAAGAAUAUUUUAGGGGGUCGUUAAGUUAUCCGAAAUCUCAAAUAUCUCAUCAUCACUUCCAAGGUUAUACCAGCAGUCGUAGGUCAGAGGAAACACCAUGUAUCCUCUCACCUGCGUAGACGGGUAUAAGAUCCCCGUCCGCGAGGAAGUAUACGUUCUCGAUAUCAUUCCAUUCGCAUCAGGUCCAGGGACGAUCUCAUCAGACCAGAAAUUAUCUUUAUUUAAUCCUACAAAUCUAAGCGUAGGACCAUUAGUCAACCUUGUCACGCAGCAUGGCAACAUCACUUGCGCCAAGGCCUUCGACGUGGGAAAUAACAUUGUGUGUACAGCAGGCGAGAAUGGGAGUGUAUCGAUGUGGGAUCUAAGAAAAGAUGCGCGACAGGCCGAGGUGGCUAAAUUGACAGAUAAUCAAGUCCCCGUCUUGUCUCUGGCAUGCUCUAGUGCAGGUUUCACAGUCGUAGCCGGAACAGAACUGCAGGACCACCAAGCAUCUAUAUUAGUAUGGGACAUCCGAUCAACGCCCACUCCGAAGCUUCAUUAUAAGGAAGUUCAUAGUGACGAUGUGACGGAGUUAAAUUUCCACCCUAGCGACUACAAUAUUCUCUUAUCAGGAUCGACUGACGGUCUCGUAAAUAUCUGUGAUACAAGAAUCACAGACGAAGAUGAGGUUGUGAUCCAGACUUUUAAUCACGAUGCCUCCAUUCACCACGCAGCGUUUUUGAACGACACCGAAGUGUUUGCUCUCUCCCAUGAUGAAAAGCUCGCCCUCUACGAUGUGGCCGAAAGCCACGAGAAUGGAGCUGCGACAACUAACUUUGGAGAUAUGAGAGAGGUUCUAGGCUGCCAGUACGUUGCCAACGUCUCCGCGAAGUCUAACGGUGCCGGAGCCGUGAUAGGUGCAGGUACCCAUGAUCGGGAAACAUUCGACAUGAUCCAUUUAACGAAAGGUCAAGGCUGGCAACUAGAUCGAGAAAGCAUCGUGAGUCUGCCAGGAGCCCAUUCGUCAGAGAUUGUCCGAAGUUUCUGCUUCUACGAUGAAGCCCAAAUGGUGUUCAGCGCUGGCGAGGAUGGAUACAUUAAGGCAUGGAAACCAAAUGCAUAAUUCAAUAAUCAU